GGUCUGCAAUGGGACCCGAAUCUAGAUCUUUUUACUUAUUGUCAAUCUGAAUUCACACCAAAGUUUACAAAGCGUUCCAUUCUUUCUAAUGUUGCUCGCAUUUAUGACCCAUUGGGUUGGUUAACUCCCAUGGUGCUUAAAGCUAAAUUGAUUCUUCAAGCCUUGUGGAAACUUCAAUUAAAUUGGGACGAUCCUGUGCCAGACAGUAUUGCUCAUCAAUGGACUGAGUUUGUCUCUGAGCUCAGUUACCUCAAACAAGUACAAAUUCCUCGUCAUAUUCUGCCCUCAGACGUAGUAGAAUGCCAGCUCGUUGGUUUUUGUGAUGGUUCAUCCAAAGGUUACGGUUGUUGUAUUUAUUUAAGAUCUGUCUGUAGAGGUAAAAUUUCAGUUAAAUUAUUAAUCGCGAAGUCGAGAGUAGCUCCCAUAAAACCAGUUACGAUUAAUCGCCUCGAACUAUUUGGCGCAGUACUUCUUGCUCGGGUCUUGAAACAUAUGGCUGACUUGUUAAAUCCACACCUGAAGCUCUCGCGUGUGAUUGCUUUCACUGACAGUAGUACAGUUUUAUCUUGGCUUAAUACUGAACCUUAUAAAUUAAAAACCUUUGUUUCGCAUCGUGUAGUUAAAAUUACCGAUCUCGUACACAUUCGAAAUUGGUAUCACGUAUCGACCUCCGAUAAUCCAGCUGAUCAUAGCAGUCGUGGGUUGUCAUGUUCACAGCUGAUCGCUUCUGAUACCUGGUGGUCAGGUCCAUCUUGGCUUUCUCUAGAGACGUCAGAAUGGCCAGUUUCACAGGACGUAUACGUGCCACCUGGAGGUGUGCCUGAGGUCAAGAGCUUGCCUGUGAUAACUCAUGCCGCGGACUUAGUGCCUUUAUAUGAGGAUCCGAUUAAAAAAUUAUUAAGUCAUUAUUCUUCAUUUUCACGUGUCCAAAGAGCAUUAGCUUGGUUGUUGCGAUUUAGUAAAGUCUUAAGAAAACUUACUUUCAAUUGUAAAACUUUGACUGUGGAGGAAUUAGAAAAUUCAUUAUCCCUGCUUGUUCAACACGAGCAGACGGAAUACUUUGCUAAUGAGAUAGAGUCGGUAAAAUGUGAAAGGACUUGUUCACGUCCUAUUCAAAAACUUAAUCCUUUUCUCGAUCACCGAGGACUCUUGCGAGUGGGGGAGCGUUUAGUAAAUUCAAAACUUCCACUCUCUGCAAUUUACCCUUUGUUGUUACCAAAAAAUUCACGACUGUCUGCACUUAUAGUUGACUGUUUUCAUAAACUUCAUCUUCAUUGUGGACCUAGAAUGUUGCAGUCUAUUAUAAGUCGUAAAUUUUGGAUUUUGGGCAUUCGCAAUUUAAUACGAUCGCGGCUUUCCAAGUGUGUAACGUGCUUCAAAGUAAAUCCCACAUCAGUUUCACCUAUAAUGGGAAAUCUACCGGCACCCCGAGUACAACCUUCACGAUGUUUUUCAAAGAUAGGGAUAGAUUUCGCAGGACCCUUCAUCGUGAAAGAGAGUAAAAGGCGUAAGGCGCCUGUUUACAAGGUGUACGUCUGUGUGAUGGUAUGUCUCGCAGUAAAAGCGAUCCAUCUUGAGCUAGUUACAGACUUGUCGACAAGUGCGUUUAUCGCAGCUUUGGACAGAUUCGUAUCACGCCGUGGUCUUUGUCAACUUAUUAUUUCUGAUUGUGGUACAAAUUUUGUCGGGGCCAAGCGCUACUUAAGCGAGGUCCACCAGUUUCUUUCCACUCAGGAGUCAGAACUUAAUACUGAGUGUACAGAGCGUAAUAUCGUGUGGCAACAGAAUCCACCAACUGCUAGCCACUUUGGCGGUAUUUUUGAAAGUGGUGUUAAGUCGAUGAAGUACCACCUUAAACGAGUUGUUGGCUUACAAGUGCUAACGUUCGAAGAGAUGUUGACUAUGCUGAAUAAAGUAGAAGCCGUCCUUAACUCUCGGCCGUUAUGCGCUUUGUCUAGCGAUCCCACUGAGGUAGAUGUCUUUCAUCACUGGUGGUCCUUUGGUAUCAUUACCGGAGAUCCCGCUUACAGAUACGUAUUUACCGCCUAAAGAGCGAUGGCAAUAGUUGCAGAAAAUGACACAGAGUUUUUAGAAAAUUUGGCAAAGAGAUUACCUUCAUACACUGCAGCAGAGAUGCAAAUGGUUCAAAGACCAAGUCAAUGUGCAAGUGGGUGAUAUAUUUACAAUUGUGGAACAAAAUCUUCCACCGUUGGAGUGGCGUUUCGGUCGGGUUGUGGAGCUUCAUCCAGGCUCUGAUGGUGUAGUGCGUGUCGUCACGCUACGUACGGCCAAAGGACUACUUCGACGGCCUGUAGUCAAGAUUUGCCCUUUGCCUACUUCUAACUAAACCUUAACCUUUCCAUUGUAUUUUAUUAACCAUAAUUAUUGUUAAUGUAGCUUAAAACCAACUUACUUUUAACUUAAAAUUAUAAACUUAGCAUCGUAAUCACGUAACUUACUAGGUAAUUCAACACGAUUUGAACUCAAGCACACAUCUAUUAGUCUUUUCGACUCUUAUUUUGUGAAAUCCCUGGACUGAUUUCAAGUGGGGGGGAAUGUUUGAGCUUGCAUGCAUUCCUUGUUCCUUCCAUUUCCCUCUCCUAGUUCCAAAAACUGCCACUCACCAAGCGAGACGUGGCGCCACCGUCAAUACAAAAAACUUUCGCGCGAGUGCCAAAAACACGACGCCGGCCGCCAUAACGCGCCGAAAAAUAAAUGCAAAAACUAUGUCUAAACUUCAAUAAACUUCUUAAACUAAUCAAAAGCCCCUGCAGGGAGUUACUGGGCGCCCAUCAAACCAUAAAUUACAUGUGUACAAGUGAUCUGUGUACUGUGUGAGUGGAUCAAGUUGCAGCAACCGGCGGAACUUUGUAAGUACCUACUGAUUCCUAUUCCAUCGGUCCUGUGUGCAGCUUUCCAUAAACCUCUCACAGAAAAUCUCGUCCAGACUUACAACCUGGAUAGAUCUGUAAAACCCUAAUGGUCUAGGGCUUACGGUCAACGAAGCGCCGUUCAAGUCACACCAGAUAGUGUGCAUCUAAUAUCGUUUUGUUGCCAAAGCAAAGUGUCUUAUGAGAUGGUUUUGCUAACAUUAAUUGCAUGUUUGAUGCCUUACGUUUAUAAAUAAAGGAACAGGAUUUGAUAAUCUGCGAAUUCCAAAUUUUUCUGGCCCCAAUUAGUCUGGAUUCAUCUGUCUCUUAAAGCCAGAUGAAUUUGAGCGGGACAUAUGAAUUAGAUUUCAUUCAAAUUCGGCAUAUGUUACAGGUAUGUCUAAUGACAGUUCUUUAUUGUAGUUUGUUUAAUUUGUGUUGGCUUCUAGUGCAUUUUUUUUUUGUUCAAAUCUAACCUGAUUUUCGAUCAAAAGA